AUGGCCAAUGAUGGGGUCCUAGGCUUGCAAAAGACGCCGUGUGACGAUGGUUCUUUAUCUACUGUGCCAGCAACUGAGGCUUCUACAAACGUAUCUUCCUCCUCCUCCUCCAACACAGCUGCAUCUUCAAGGAGAAACUCCACCAUGAAAAGAAGAAAAAGAGACAGUAGCGGCGGCAGCGGCGGCAGCAACAGCAGCAGCCAGCAUUUCAACCGAGUAUCGCAUCAGUACAACAAGUGCUUUCAGAAUUACUAUCAUUCAAGCAAUUUCUUGAAACCAAACCCCAUCUACAUUCCCAACAUCAACACAUCUGUUAACCACUGGCAACUUCGUAACCUAACAAAGUACAACAGAGUUGACAAUGUAUUGUACCACACAAGGGAAGACUCUGUCCAUUUGUACCAUUUAUCACAAGCAUUUACUAAAAAAGUUUUGAAAUUAAACUAUUUCCCUCGUUGUUUUGAUAACCACGAGGGCUUAUUGGCCACAGGUGGGCUAUUAACAAGCUCGUCCAAGUUGUUUUCCUUGGAUUUGGAUAAUUUAACAUCAAAGGACUUUAGUGCCUCUUCAAGGGCAGUUGCAAAAGGCCUCUUUUCAUUUUAUAAUCCAGAAUUGUCCAUAUUGCACACAGUCAAACUUGGUGAAAUGAUUAAUAACGAUGUGUCUUUGAACAAGGUGGGUAAUCAACAAUAUCAGGCACUUUUAUGUAAUAACGAUGCCAAUUUAUAUUGCGUUGACAUCAAUAAUAAUUCAAGUUUGAAAAUGACAAAUAAAAUCAAUUGUGAAAAUUACACUUGUCUCAACUCAAGUGUCAAAAACCCAAGAAAUAACUUGAUUACCGCUGUUGGUGACUCAUCGCUGAUUUUCAUUAUUGACCCAAAUUCCGGCUCAUCGCCAAUUGUCAAGACUAUUGAUUCUCAAUAUGACGGAGGGUUUGGAAUUUCUUAUCACCCCAAUGGAUACUUGUUUUCGACAGUUUUCCAAGACGGGGUAUGUCAAUUGUAUGAUUUAAGGAAUUUAUCCUCGCCCAUGAGGCAAUUUAACUCGACUCGUAAAAAACAUCAACUGGGUGCUUUCAGAGUUUGUAAAAUAUCCCAACAAAAUGAUUUCAACGAUUUGUUGAUUAUUGCUGAACAUGUUGGUCGUGUGCAUUUAAUUGACUUGAAAACAUUUGAUCGACAAGUGAUUGUUGUUCCUGCAGCAUUGGACCAGUUUGCAAACUACAAAGAAUCAUUGAUGAAGAAACAAGAUACAGAUCAAGAAGAUUUGAAACAUAUGGCAGCUGAUGAAUUUGAUGAGGAAAAAAUUGAAUACAAGUCUCCAUUGAACAUUUAUUCAGAAAACUUGGCCUUUACUGCACCAUUAGUUUACGAUUACGAUUACUUGACAAAUGUCAAUCCAAGAUUAUUCAAUGACGUCAGUUAUGCGCCACCCAUGAACCCACCUGAUUUGCAUAGUGAAGCAUUGAAGUUGAACUUGCCCGACUGGUCUGGCAAUAAUCUCAAUUUUGUGUCCGAUUUUGCAUCACAACAAGAUUGUCCAACUUCAACAGCUUCUCCACGAGCUAGUUUUCACCAGCACCCGCCACCCACAUCAACAAACUACCGUCGAUUUUCGUCUCAUCCUCCGCCACAUCUACCAUCAUCAUCAACUUCUACAUCGCGUCCAUCCGUGUCUUAUGAUGUUGAUAUAGAUUCACAAUUGAAUGAGAUUUACCUCAAUCACAAUCCCUCCAAUUCAAGAAGGAACACAACAACCACAGCAGCAACAGCAGCUUCAGCAGGUACGUCGCCUUUGAUCUCAUCGGCAACACCACUUUCAACUAGCUCCUCGUACAUGUAUCUGACAUACUGCGACGACCUGUACCAACAACACACCAAUCAUCAGCAUGGAGAGAUGGAGUUGCUGGGUAUUGAAUUUGUCAAUGAUCCCGUCACUGGUGAAUUGAAGAUUGUUGUUGGAUGUCAAGAUGCUGGUGUUUUGAUGUGGGACGUGAAUGCCGUUACUAGACGUAGUAUUGGCAGUUUUGACUUUGUUUAG